AUGUCCCUGAAUUGUCUAACCGAAACAAAGGUUUAUUAUUACCUUGAUGAUAGUCCGACUCCAUAUAGCUCCGUAUUAGUAACUUCGCCAGAAAACGUGACUUUAGGGGAUUUUAAACGAAAUUUUACUAAAAAAGGCUAUCAAUACUUUUGUAAAGAGUUGGAUAAGGAUAUAGGAUGUGAAGUGAAGAAAGAAUUGACAGAAGAUUCUUGUCGUUUACGGAAGAAUGCUAAUGGACUGUUUGAGCUCUAUUUAUUGAGUAUCCCCGGACACGGAACUCUUCCCAGGCCCGGCACUCUCCCUAGAAGGGAUAAGGAAAUUGUAGCCUCUGAAAAGGAGAGAAGGCGAAGAAACUCGACAGAAUUAGAUGGUCUCCAUUAUGGAAUAGAAGGUCCUAGUUCAUCUCAUCCGGCCAGUAGCCUAGGAACUGUAAUAAGCAGAAGAGCAGGGGAACAUUUGGCUGAAGUUUAUACUUCUAAUUCUGAGGACCCAUAUCAUUAUGACCAAUCUUCCAGACUAAGUGGCAUGUCUUCCUCUUUAUACGAGCCGUUAGGUAUGAAUAAAGGAGACAAAAUUCGGAAAAGAAAACCACGAAGAGAUCGCUUCAGAAAAGCUUAUGUUCCCAGCACCAUAGGCUCAGAGGAAAGCAGUGCAAGUCAAGAAUUGGAUAGGAUUCUUGAAGUUAAAAUCAACAUGAAGAAUGCUCCAUAUCUUGGUAUAUCUGUUGUGAGCUAUGAAGGAGCUAUUCUUGUCAGUGAGAUCUUACCUGAUGGAGCAGUGAGCCUUGACGGUAGAAUUGAAGUGGGAGAUCAAAUUAUUCAAAUUAAUAAUAACUCAUUUGAAAAUCUAUCUGAUACUAAAGCUGUGGCUCUACUUCGUGAAGUUGCUUCUGCGAAAAAACCAUUCACUCUUUUUGUGGCUAAACCUCAUCGUAAUAAUGGCUAUGAUCCUUUGGCUACAUUAGCUUCAGAGACGCUACCGUUGGAUAUUUCUUUGUGGGUCAAAACUGCUGUACAAUGUUCUGAGGAAAACAAGCGCUUGCAAGAAAUGGGUAUACAAGAUAUUUCCCAAACCUUUGAUGAGGGAACUUUAGGUAUUAUUGGUCAGGAAUCUGAUGAUGAAGAAAGAGCGUUGUAUGAUCAGAGAAGGAAUGGCAUCCCCCAUCAUUUAAGAGAAGAGGCUCUUCGUCGCAGGGAUAAUGAUCAAAACGAGCAUCAAAUCUUUGAGAAUCUUUCCAUUGCAAUAGACCCUAUGCUUGUCGUUCGAGCAAUGGCUAGACCGGACUCUGGGUUGCAAGUAAAGAACAGGAAGUGGCUGAAAAUAUCAGUACCUAUGUCUUUCAUCGGCCAGGGUUUGGUUGAUUGGUUAGUUGAGCAUAUGACCGAUUUGCCCGAUAGGAAGACUGCAAAACAGUAUGCCACCAUGCUUUUGGAUAAAGGUUACAUAAAACAUGUCGUAAGAAAGCAUAAGUUCACGGAAAAAUGUUACUAUGUAUUUGGAGAUUGUGUUCCUAUUCGAUCUGGAGCUGAUAGUACUAGAGGUAGUGGUGGAACACUUCGACCGGAGGCUCCGACUGAAGUCACCUAUCUUGGUUCUCCUGCUCCCCCAGGAAUAAGACAGAUAAGAAAUCCGUUGCAAAAUAUUCCGCCUCCUCUCGCAGAUCAGACAUGGCCUAUCAGUCCUAUAACAAUUUUUGAUAAAACUAAAGGAGCUCGACGAAAAGAUUGUGAAAGUCCAGUGACAAACGAUUAUGCGUCUAUGGUCGGAGGAGAGAGCACCACUUCAUACGGUAUGGGAAUAGGCAGAGGGUAUGCUUUAAGACAGCAACCACCUAAUACUCCUUUAGUAGGUAGCGUAGCUCCUCCACAUCCCAGUCCUUGUGAAACAGAGUUUGAGGACGAUGAUAAAAGGAGGAUGCUGAAGAAAUAG